AUGGAGAGUUUUUUAAGCGACAAUUGGGAAGUGAAAUCGAAGCAUUCGUCAGAGGAAGUGUUGCAGCGGUGGAGGACUCUUUGUGGAGUGGUCAAGAAUCCAAAACGCCGGUUUCGCUUCACGGCCAACAUCUCCAAACGUUAUGAAGCUGCCGCCAUGCGCAAAACCAAUCAGGAAAAGUUGAGAAUCGCAGUCCUAGUCUCCAAAGCUGCUCUACAUUUCAUACAAGGAGUGCAGCCAAGUGACUAUACUGUACCUAAGAACGUUAAAGAAGCUGGUUUUCAGAUUUGUGCUGAUGAAUUAGGAUCCAUAGUCGAAGGUCAUGACGUGAAAAAGUUAAAGUUUCAUGGAGGGGUGUCUGGUAUUGCAGAUAAGAUUGGCACAUCCACCACCAAUGGGCUUCCUACUGAUGAUGAAGCUCUCAGACACAGAGAAGAGAUUUACGGGAUCAAUAAAUUCACAGAGGCUGAAGCAAAGAGCUUUUUGGUAUUUGUUUGGGAAGCCCUUCAAGAUAUGACUCUCAUGAUCCUCGGUGUCUGUGCAUUUGUCUCUCUGAUUGUUGGCGUAGCAACAGAAGGAUGGCCUAAAGGAGCUCAUGAUGGCCUUGGAAUUGUUGCUAGCAUUUUGUUGGUGGUGUUCGUCACAGCCGGUAGUGAUUAUCGCCAGUCUUUACAGUUCAAGGAUUUGGACAAAGAGAAGAAGAAAAUCUCCAUUCAAGUUACAAGGAAUGGUUAUCGACAAAAAAUGUCCAUCUAUGAGCUAUUACCUGGUGACAUUGUCCAUCUUUCUAUUGGAGAUCAAGUACCUGCAGACGGCCUUUUUCUUUCAGGAUUUUCUGUUUUAAUUGAUGAAUCUAGUUUGACUGGUGAAAGUGAGCCGGUGAUGGUCGGUGUAGAAAACCCUUUUCUACUGUCAGGAACCAAGGUUCAAGAUGGCUCUUGCAAGAUGCUUGUUACUACAGUUGGCAUGAAGACUCAAUGGGGAAAACUAAUGGCAACUCUCAGUGAAGGAGGAGAUGAUGAAACUCCGCUACAGGUUAAAUUGAAUGGAGUGGCAACUAUCAUAGGAAAAAUAGGUCUCUUCUUUGCUGCCGUUACUUUUGCUGUUUUAGUGCAGAAAAUGAUUGGCAGCAAAUGGCGAGAGGGAACAACUUUAAGCUGGUCUGGAGACGAUGCUUUGCAAUUGUUAGAAUACUUUGCCAUUGCUGUUACCAUUGUUGUGGUUGCAGUUCCUGAGGGACUCCCUCUUGCUGUGACACUGAGCCUUGCGUUUGCCAUGAAAAAAAUGAUGAAUGAUAAAGCACUUGUGCGCCACUUGGCAGCUUGUGAGACCAUGGGAUCAGCCACUACCAUCUGUAGUGACAAAACUGGAACCUUAACGACUAACCACAUGACCGUGGUGAAAUCGUGCAUUUGCAUGAAUGUCAAAGAAAUGAGCAAACCAAGUGACGCUUCUGAUUUGCGUUCAGAAAUCCCAGAUUCUGUAGCAAAAACUCUGCUACAAUCAAUUUUUAACAACACUGGUGGAGAAGUUGUGGUUAACAAGAACGGAAAACGUGAGAUUUUGGGAACACCAACUGAAAUGGCUAUUUUGGAGUUUGGCCUAUCACUUGGUGGGAAUUUUCAAGAAGAACGACAAGCAUCUAAACUUGUAAAAGUCGAGCCAUUUAACUCCACAAAGAAGCGAAUGGGUGUGGUAUUGGAGCUUCCUGAAGGACAUCUACAAGCUCAUACCAAAGGUGCGUCAGAGAUAAUUUUGGCUGCCUGUGAAAAGGUGGUCAACUCAAACGGUGAAGUUGUUCCCCUGGAUGAACAAUCCUUCAAUCAUCUGACAGCUACCAUUGAUCAGUUUGCUAGCGAGGCUCUUCGGACUCUAUGUCUUGCCUACAUGGAACUGGAAAACGGGUUCUCUGAAAAUGAUGCCAUUCCUGCCUCGGGAUAUACUUGUAUAGGGAUUAUAGGAAUCAAAGACCCUGUACGCCCUGGAGUCAAGGAGUCUGUUGCCCUUUGUCGUUCAGCUGGUGUGACUGUUCGGAUGGUUACGGGAGAUAACAUCAAUACUGCAAAGGCUAUUGCUAGGGAAUGUGGGAUACUAACUGAUGACGGUAUAGCAAUAGAAGGUCCAGUUUUUCGAGAGAAGAGUAUGGAGGAAUUGCUCGAACUGAUUCCAAAGAUACAGGUAAUGGCUCGUUCUUCACCGUUGGACAAGCAUACAUUGGUGAAGCACUUGAGAACCACCUUUAAUGAAGUAGUGGCUGUAACUGGCGAUGGAACAAAUGAUGCUCCUGCACUUCAUGAAGCAGAUAUUGGACUCGCAAUGGGCAUAGCUGGAACCGAGGUGGCCAAAGAGAGUGCUGAUGUCAUAAUUCUGGAUGACAAUUUCUCGACAAUUGUCACUGUAGCAAAAUGGGGGCGAUCGGUCUACGUAAAUAUCCAAAAGUUUGUUCAAUUCCAGCUGACUGUUAAUAUCGUGGCAUUAAUUGUGAAUUUCACUUCGGCUUGCAUGACAGGAAGUGCUCCCCUUACUGCUGUUCAACUUCUGUGGGUCAAUAUGAUUAUGGACACAUUGGGAGCACUUGCACUAGCAACCGAGCCUCCUAAUGAUGAACUAAUGAAGAGAUCUCCGGUUGGAAGGAAGGGAAAUUUUAUCAGUGCCGUCAUGUGGAGAAACAUCUUAGGACAAUCCUUGUAUCAGUUCCUGGUGAUAUGGUUUCUUCAGGCAUAUGGAAAGACUUUUUUCAGACUUCAUGGCUCCUCUGAUUCCGACUUGGUCCUUAACACACUUAUUUUCAACUCAUUUGUGUUCUGUCAGCUCUUCAACGAAGUGAACUCCCGGGAGAUGGAGAAAGCAGAUGUCCUUGAAGGUAUACUGGACAACUCAGUAUUCGUUGGAGUUCUUGGCGCCACUGUCUUCUUCCAGAUCAUAAUAGUUGAAUACCUCGGGACAUUUGCAAACACAACCCCUCUUACAAUCGUGCAAUGGUUUUUCAGCCUAUUUAUCGGUUUCUUAGGCAUGCCAAUUGCUGUAUACCUUAAAGGAAUCCCUGUGGAAUAG